AUGGAUCGGCUUCUUGGGUGGGAGGCGCCUGCCAGGUUCUCCUCCUUCUGCCGUCACACACACGCACAACAGAGCAGCGCACCACACACCACACACCACACCACCACCACCACCGUCGCAGCGAGAACGCCCGCAGGCAUCCGAGAUUUUCAACUACCUUGCCUACCCGCGAGGAACGGUUAUCAACCCCCGCCUCCGUCCUUCCCUCCUGCACACACGACACGACACGUCCACACAGCGAGCACGCGCUGCAACACUGCGAGCGGACAACUCGACGUUGGACACGAUCCCGACGAGGCCGCCAUCCCGCCGGUCCGAUACGGCAAGCUUCCUGCCCCGUUAGAGCGACCCGGACCUGCCCUGCGGCUCUUCCGCUUCCCCGGCCGCCCGGCGCUUAACCCAGCCGACGUCUCAACGGCGUCUCCUCGCCGCGGGGACUGA